GGCGGCUGCGGGAGCGGGUGCACCGCACCCCGGUGCUCACCUGCACGGCCAUGGACAGCCUGGCCCGACGGAGCCUGCGCUUCAAGUGCGAGCUCCUCCAGAAGACCGGCUCCUUCAAGAUCCGAGGUGCCCUGAACGCCGUCAGGAGCCUGGUGGAGGGAGGCGAGCGGCCCCGAGCUGUUGUCACACACAGCAGUGGGAACCACGGGCAGGCGCUCGCCUGCGCUGCCCGAGCAGAAGGGAUUCCUGCCUACAUCGUGGUGCCCCGCACAGCCCCACACUGUAAGCAAGAUGCCAUCCGCAGCUAUGGUGCCACACUGGUGCCGUGUGAGCCCAGUGACGAGUCCAGAGCUGAGACAGCAGCUCGGGUGGUCCGGGAGACAGGAGGAGUCAUGGUGCAUCCCAACCAGGAGCCAGCAGUGAUUGCUGGGCAAGGCACGAUCGCGCUGGAGGUGCUGGAGCAGGUACCCGAGGUAAAUGCAGUGGUGGCUCCCGUUGGAGGUGGAGGAAUGAUUGCAGGAAUAGCAAUUGCCAUCAAGGCUCUGAGACCAGAUGUGAAGGUGUUUGCUGCUGAGCCAUGCAAUGCAGAUGACUGUUACCAGUCCAAGCUGAGAGGGGAGCUGACCCCCAGCAGUCCUCACCCACGAGAAACCAUCGCAGAUGCAGUGAGAACCAACAUCGGCCCCAACACAUGGCCCAUCAUCAGGGACUUGGUUGAUGAUGUCCUGACAGUCACAGAGGAAGAAAUCAAGGUGAACGCUCCCAGCCCCCUUCUCCCAACUGCCUCCAUCCAUUCUCUUCCCAUUCAUCCAGCUUUGUCCCAGGGAUAAGCUCCCAGAGCAGCACAACCUUCACCCCACCGCAGAUGUCCAACACGCACAUCUCCAGCUGGAAAGGGCUGGCGGAAGCUCUGCUCUCCCAGUGCCCCUUCCCCAGCCCUGGAGCAGCCGGUCCUUGCUGCUGGAAUGACAGCAGCUGCUCUGUCCUGACAGCGAGCCACGCGGCUGGUGUGGGAAAGGAUGAAGCUGCUGAUUGAGCCAACAGCAGGCGUAGGAGUGGCGGCCGUGCUCUCGGAGCGGU